UUUGUUAUCAGGUAAAUCCCCCGAUUUGUUUUGCAUCUUGUUGUCUGCUCUUUGGUGCGUGUAAAUCCUCAAGCUGAAUCGUAAACUAAACUACAGCAACAAAACUCGAAAUUUCAAGAUUGGUUUUUUAUUUUUAUUUUUAUGAGUUUGGAAAUCUGGUUAUCUAUCGAUCCUUGUGUGGGCUACCAAGAUAAAUUCUCAAACUUUUCGUGGUUUUGAAAAGAGUUAUAGCUAUCUGGUAGGCGGAAUUGACUAAUGACUCUAGGCUUUAAUUCGUGGUUCAGUCAACAUCAUUCCUAUGGCCUGAACUAAUAUGUUUUACUGGUUUGGAUUUACCUAUAUUUUGGAUGGUGUUGGCUGGCUAAGAGUUUUUGUUGGAUUGUUACCAUAUUUGAGUUGAUGUGCAGCCAAACAUGCAUGAUUUCAAGUUGUGUUUUGUAGGCUUUUGUUUCUAAACCUGUUUGUCAGCGGAAUCUGUUUGUCAGUAGUAGGUAAAGUAUGGAGGAAUAUGCAAAUCUGUUGGUUUUGGUUUGAUUAGAAGUUGAAUAUCCAAUUUUUUAGGUAUGGUUGUAUAGCAUUAUUGGUUUGGUGUUAAAGUGUGUAAAUUUGACAUUUGAUGUGUUUUUAUUAUUGGUUUGAAGGGAUGAGACGAGAAGUAGAAGAUGUUGUGGAGUUGAUGCAGAAUAUACAAUCCCGGUUGACAGUAAAAGAAGCGGCGCGAACAAGCGUUUUGUCCAAGUCUUGGCUACAUGCUUGGUCUACUUUCCCCAACCUCAGGUUCGAUGUUGGAAGAGGAAAGAGCAUGAAGUUGGUGGACGUGGAGCGAACCCUGAUAAGGUAUCACCGUGACAACACACCAAUCAAAAGGUUUGAUCUUAAGAUCGACAUUGCAAAUCAGGAGUCAGCUUCUCAAGCUGAAAAAUGGAUCGGGCGUGUGGCAACCAAAACUUGUCUCAAAGAGAUUUCCCUCUCACUCUUCCUUUGGGGUGCCUCGUUUAUGUUGCCAGAUGAGAUAUUGGCAAGUGAGAAUCUAACUAAGAUAAGAGUUUCAGCACCGAGGAUCCAUUCAAAUUCCGUUUGGAUGACAGCAACAAAUCCUGUGAUCAAAUGCAUGUCAUCCCUACGUGAAUUGCACUUGGAAGGUGUGAGCAUAAGUGAAGAGGCACUUCAUCACAUAUUGUCGUCUUGUUGCUUGCUUGUGAAGAUAGAGCUUUUACAUUCCUGUGAGGGGUUCAAGACCAUCAAGGUUAAAAACCUUCCUCGUCUUUACGAAUUAAACAUAUCUUUCGCUAGUCUAUAUGAAAAUUCUACUGCUUUGGAAAUCAGUGAUGUCCCAAAACUUGGUGUGUUUAGCUAAUAUCGACAGGGUGUUUUUCUUCAAUCACAUAUUCCUCUUGUAAUUGACCCAUUCAAUAUCAGUGCGCAAGGUGAGACGAUUAAUGUUAGGUAAUGUGAUAAUUGACAACACGUGUCUGGACAUGAUCAAAUCGGGAUUUCCUUUUCUUGUGAGUUUGACACUUGGGUUGACAUAUUGGAAGUUGACGACCUUUCAUUUCUCAUCUUCUUCCAUCAAGAAAUUGGUCUUGUAUUCGUGCCAACCCACCCUUGUCGAUAUACAAGUACAUGCUCCAAAAUUAUUAAUUUUCGACUUCAGUGGUGACACAUUGCCUAGUCUCUUGUUUCCAGUCUCGUCUCUCAAACAACACAUGGUUUCACUCAGACUUAAACAUCCUGUUGAUGCUUCUUUUUUUCUUAAUAUGAGGGAAGCACUUAGAUUAUCACGCAAGUGUGAACUUCAUAUACACUUAAGUCAGCCACCUGUUGACAUGGACAUCGAUAUCGAUGAUCUAAGAACAAGGCUCCUGCUUCCUCCUGCAACGAACGUGCAAGAACUAAGGUUUCAAACGACUGAGGAUGAAUGCAUGUGGGAACGAUCCCUGUUUUUUGAUGCAUUCUUUGAGAUUUGCCAUCCCAAGUGCGUAUACGCAAAGCCAGACGUUCGCUUCAAACACAACAAUCACUUUUGCAGACUCAUGUUGAGGGAGGUCUUGGAAAAGAAAACCACCACUAUCGGAAUCGUGUAUUGGCCUCAUUACCUAAAACAUGUUCAAAUAAGACGGGCCCUUCAUCAAAAAUGGGAAACCCUAACAAAUUUCCAUAGAAGCUUUCUAGAUGGGUCCACUCCUGAUGUCUACAUGUACUUCAAUCUUAACUGGUGCUAAAUUUUUAAACAUAUAAUUAUGAAGGCUAUAUUUAUUGUAAUAAUUAAUUUCUUAUAUUUUGUAGCCAGACAUUUUACACCUGUUGAUAUUAUAUGCUGGGUAUCACUUAAUGUUAUUUCGAGUCAUUCAAUUUCAAACGGGAUUGGAUGCGAA